UUGUGUUGAAACUCCAUUGCGCUGUCCCGGAGAAAUUUAAGGUGUUAGACUUGGCAUUAAAAUAUAUAAAAUAACAUAGUUAUCUACUCUCAUGUAACACCACCAUAAUAAAUCCAAAGUAUUGAGCAGCUUUAUUUCUUAGGUAAACUAUAUUGUAGAUUAACUGUCGAUAAACUGCAGUGGCAAUAGACCAGUUGUUUCCUUAUGAUGGAGUCGCCAGAGGAAAUGUUAAAUAAUCAAAAGGAACAGGCAGCGAGAUCCCUCAAAGCUUUCAUGUUGACGAACAGCACGAAGAGUAAUCUUAAUCUAUAUGAUCACUUGGCCCGGUUGCUGACCAAGGUAAUGGAGGAGCGUCCAGAGAACGUAGUAGAUGUUAUUGAGGACCUGAGUCGUGAGGUUAAGCGGGCGGGGCUGCAGAACACCCAGAGCACCUUGAGGGACAUCCACGUCACCACUCCACCCCAGGUGACAGCCGAGCAGCAAAAGGUGCUGUUCUCUCACAAAGGCGGAGAAGAUGGAACCCAAGAGGAACAGAUGGAGUCUCCUCUGCCCAAUGUGGCAGAGCUGGCUUUUUACCUGGAGCAGGCUGGAGUGGGCCUGGGCAGGGAGGAGACAUACCGGGUCUUCCUGGCACUCAAACAGCUGGUGGACACUCAGCCUCUUCAGCACUGCAGGUUCUGGGGGAAGAUCUUGGGCACAGAGAAUAGCUACCUGGUGGCAGAGGUAGAAUUCCGUGAAGGGGAGGAGGAUGAGGAGGAUGCCCUGGAUGAAGCUGGUGAAGAUGAGGAGAGAGAAGCAGGGGACGAAGAGGAGGCCCGCACUGCUGAGAUCAUAUCCUUUCCAAAAUCUACCUACAAGCCCCCACCUGUGGUUCCAAAGGAGAACAAUGGAACAGGUGCCAAUAAAUUCACUUAUUUCGUAUGUAGAGAGCCGGGCCUGCCGUGGGUGAGAUUGCCCCCUGUCACUCCUGCUCAAGUAACUGUCGCUCGCAAAAUCCGCAAGUUCUUCACUGGAAGAUUGGACGCCCCCAUAGUCAGCUAUCCCCCAUUCCCCGGGAAUGAAGCCAACUAUCUGCGGGCCCAGAUUGCCCGCAUUUCAGCGAGCACACAAGCGAGCCCACUGGGGUUUUACCAGUUUGUGGAGGAGGAAGGUGAAGAGGAAGAGGAUUCCUCCCGAAUCAGCUUCGAGGAGAAUCCAGACUUUGAGGGAAUCCCUGUUUCUGAGCUGGCAAACUCCCUGUCGAACUGGGUGCAUCAUGUCCAGUACAUUCUGCCACAGGGUCGCUGUACUUGGAUAAAUCUGGCGGAGAAGCCUGAGGAAGAAGAGGACCCAGAGGAGGAGAAGGAGGAAGAGCCAGAUGAGCCAGAGCCAGAAGUGGGGCCGCCUCUCCUCACGCCGCUAUCGGAGGAUGCAGAGAUCAACAACACCCCUCCCUGGAGCUGUAAGGUGUCCUCCAGCAUUAUCUCCAAGUUUGCCAUCGCCGUGUUGUGCUCCAACCUUUGGCCGGGAGCCUAUGCAUUUGCUUGUGGGAAGACAUUUGAAAACAUAUAUAUAGGUUGGGGCUCGAAGUUUUUAGCAGAAGGAUAUAAUCCGCCAGUGCCCCCCCCACCCCAGUCGGAGUACCCAAGUGGGCCGGACAUCACGGAGGCUGCUGACCCCAGUUUGGAGGAGGAACAGGCUUUGAAGGCUGCGCUGGAAGAACAGAGGGAAUCUCAGGAGGAGAUGGAGGAUGCUGAGGGAGAUGAAGAUGAAGAGGAUGAUGACUGACAAGUAUAAGCGAAAAGUGGAGCAAGAGCUGCAAGAAUACUAUUGCUAAAAAAACAGCUAAUCUAAAGUAUACUUUCUUCAAUGUACAGCAUAGGAGUAAUUAAGCAUUUGAUUUACAUGCUUAGUUAUGAGUUUAUACAGUAUAUAUAUAGUUAUAUAGGUUUAUGUAAUUUUUCUGUUUUAACAUAAAAUGGUAAAUAUGAAUGUAGUUCUGAGAGGAUGAAUGUCAACUUGGCUGUUGGUGGAAUAAAAUUUGCACAGUUUUGGAAUAGGUGAGAAGAGUUGAGUCAGGAGCCAAUGGCAGUGCAGAAACACACUAAGGGCAAUGAUGAUAGGCUAUCACUGCUUACCCACCAAUAGGAAGACGUCAUGGUUCAGGGUCCAAACGGCCGAGAAAUUUGGAAACCAUCUGAUGACAUGUUCUCCUGCCCCAAAGCUACAGUCACAAGAAAGUGACUGAUGGAACAACCAUCUAGAUAUAUCUAAUAAUUGAUUUCCAAGCCCGAAAUUCAUUCUGAGAACCAUGCAUGUUAUUUAUGGGCUUUCAUAAAACAUCAUGCAUUUGCAAACCUUGCCAGCACAUCGUUGCGUAACUGCACACGGCUUCUCAGUCUUCCCUUCCUUUCAGCUCUUGCCCUUGAUCCCUCUAAGAUUUAUGUUGAUUCAGGGAUGCUGUUCGCGCCAGUCAGCACCACAGGUCAGAGAUUGUGCUGAAUAGCAGUUCUGUGUGAGCAAAGUCCAUUUCAUGGUACUCUGAAAUGCUGUUAUUUUAAAGAUGAAAAUAAAUUUGAAAUGAUAUUGUACAAUCGGA